AUGCAACAAGCCACUCACCCACGUCUACAUGUCCGCGAUGCGCGAGAUGCACACGCUGUGUUCGAAGCCGUUCGCCAAGGUCUUUUGCGACCUGCUGUUCGUCGACUAAACGAAGUUGAACGGUCGAUGCAUGUACGCUCGGGGUCCGUUUUUGUUUGGGAAGAAUGUGACGAUGAGUCUGGAUUGAAAAGAUGGACAGAUGGACGCGUCUGGGGUCAGUCGAGAAUGCGGGAGCCAUACCUAUUUUACGAUGAAAAGCUUCCUUCCGAUGGAGGCUCUCCAGAACAAAGUCAAAGGCACCCUAAUUUUCGCUUUGUGGAAGGCCCUACACGCGUCACUCAUACUUCUUCUGCAUUGCUACAUCAGGAUCGAAGCGGUGGAACCCACACCGGACUGAUAAAACAAGCAUACUCUGCUUGGGUUACGCUUUCCCCGAAUUCAAAACCUCGAAAAUGGCAUCUUACAGCUUAUUUUACGUAUUCCGACCUCCCAUCGAUACCGACAAUUGACCGUGAUCCAAUUCUCUCUAAAAUUGCGGUUCCUUCUGGGAUAUACCACGGAGGGAAGACGAGAUCCAAAAGCGAAGACGACGGAGCCUACAGCGCUGUAAAUCCGCCUUCCAGCCGGCCCAAAACACCGGCGAUACAAAGUUCUACCGUUCAUGGGUCUGCGAGUGCGACAUCCUCCGCCUCUUUGCCCUCUUUCCAUUCCACUGUGGGACCUUAUGCUCUAAAUCCUCGGUCAGCCUACCCUCAAACAGGGAGCAGGAUGUCGGAAGACCAUCGUGUCAUACAUAUGCUUAAUUCCAGGCAUAUAUCCUAA